AGCUCGACUCGUCCCGCUCCCCUCGGCAGCCGGUCCGGGUGAGGCGAUGGCGAGCUGUUGCUGCUGCCUGUCGGCCGAGGAGCGGGAGUCGCAGCGCAUCAGCGCCGAGAUCGAGCGGCAGCUCCGCAGGGACAAGCGCGAUGCGCGCCGGGAGCUCAAGUUGCUGCUGCUCGGUACCGGAGAGAGUGGCAAAAGCACCUUUAUCAAGCAGAUGAGGAUUAUCCAUGGAUCCGGCUACUCGGAUGAAGAUAGAAAAGGUUUCACGAAGCUGGUUUAUCAAAACAUAUUUACGGCCAUGCAGUCGAUGAUCAGAGCCAUGGACACUCUGAGAAUACAGUAUGUUUCUGAGGAGAACAAGGAAAAUGCCCAGAUGAUCAGAGACGUGGAGGUGGAUAAAGUGUCCAUUUUGCUUGGGACCCAAGUGGCCGCCAUUAAGAACCUCUGGGAGGAUCCGGGAAUCCAGGAGUGCUAUGACCGAAGGAGGGAGUAUCAACUCUCAGACUCGGCAAAAUAUUACCUGAGCGACCUCGACCGAAUCGCCAUGCCAUCCUUUGUGCCGACUCAACAAGAUGUUCUCCGUGUCCGUGUGCCCACAACUGGAAUCAUUGAGUAUCCUUUUGAUUUAGAAAACAUCGUCUUCAGGAUGGUGGAUGUUGGAGGGCAGAGGUCAGAGAGACGGAAGUGGAUUCACUGCUUUGAGAGUGUCACCUCCAUUAUUUUCUUAGUAGCUCUGAGUGAAUAUGAUCAGGUCCUGGCAGAGAGUGACAAUGAGAACCGCAUGGAAGAAAGCAGAGCCUUAUUUAAAACCAUCAUCACCUACCCCUGGUUUCUGAACUCGUCCGUGAUUUUGUUCUUAAACAAAAAGGAUCUUUUGGAGGAGAAAAUCAUGCAUUCUCACUUGAUCAGCUAUUUCCCUGAAUACACAGGACCUAAACAGGAUGUCAAGGCUGCCAGAGACUUCAUCUUGAAGCUCUACCAGGACCAGAAUCCAGACAAAGAGAAAGUCAUUUAUUCGCACUUCACCUGUGCCACAGACACGGAGAAUAUCCGCUUUGUUUUUGCUGCUGUCAAAGACACCAUUCUGCAGUUAAAUCUGCGAGAGUUCAACCUGGUGUAAAGGGUGGUUCCCCGACCCCAGGGAUGGCAAGAGGAUGGCCGUGGGCCUCCUCUUGUUCCCCUCAGCCCAGGCAGGGUCUCCUCUUCCUUCUUUGCGUAACUGCUGUGACAGUGACACUGUGGCCUCCCCCCAUGCUCCCUACUUUCCUGUGAGUGUAGUGCUGGGUCCUGAGAUCCUCGUGUCUGCUUCUUGGCCAAACCCUUCUCCGGGGGGAAUGGCAAUUUACUGAAAACAUUCCAUUCUAUGGAGGCCUUUGUGAUGGUGUUUUUGUAAGCUUUGCAUUUGUGUCUUUCCCUGAGUCUUGGUCUGCGAUAUGGCUUUGUGUGUGGCAAUGACUCAGUUUAAGGCUAUUCAAGAUGAAUGUUUUAGAGGACGCUCUAUAAAGCCACUGCCAACUACCUGUUCUUUUCCUAUGUGUUUGACUAAUCAUUUAAAAUCAUGCAGUCAGCUUUUAAUCAGAGAUGCCUUGGAAUACAUAGAAAUGUUCUUAGAGGUGUGGGUAAGGUCUCGUCAGGGUGAGCUCUUUAGUGUUUUCAAGGCUCUCAAGCUCUAUAACAAAUUUACUCUUGAGAAGUGUGGGGAAUAAAUCUCUCCUCUUGUGUUGAAGCUUCGUAUUAGUUUCUUUAAAUGUUACAAAAUAACUUCAGUCGUCAUUGGUGUGCGUUUGUGACCUAAGUAAAAGCAAACAGGACCAACCUGUAAUGAAUUUGCUUCCUGGCGUCAAAACUAAGUGGUGGGAAGUUAGAUUUACAAUGCUGAGUAGCAAUGAAGAUUGAGUAGGCUUUGAGGAGAAACCUCCCCACACACCUAGCAUAAAUAGUACUAGUGAAUAAUGUGAAUUUCUGGUUUUAGAUGUUUAGGGCUUUGUCUUGUGAGCUGGCCACAAUUGCUCUAAGAUGACCUGUAAACUCUGUCUAGCCCCUCUUUGUGAACUUAGUGACAAAAUGUAAAGACUGACCCUGUGCUGUGCCUUGCUGUGAAGAUAAAUAUACUAUUCUGUUCUCAGCA